CCUUAAAAAAAAGAAAAAAAAACUCCCUUGUUCUUAGAGCUUGAGCUCUCGUCUUUUACCAGUGAGCUCCCAAGUUACCCCUUGGAUCUUCAGGCUUUGUAGCAGCACUCUGAGGCUUAGAAACACACACCAAAGCCAAGUCACAAUAGGCUCAAGCUGAAGCAAUUUGAAGUUAGGAUUCUAUGGGUUGGCCACUAAGAAAUCCUGGAACUUUCUGAAAACAGGGUUUCUGAGAUUUUAUUCUGUUUAGGUGGUACGGGAGGCUCAAAUAAGUGUUGGUGAGCAAGGUUUGGAAAAUUGCUAGCUGUUGAAGAACUUUUAGUCAAGAUUCUUCUGUUCUUUUCAAGGUUAUUACGCUACUAGACAAAGGAAUCUCGUCUUGUUCAGAAAAUCGGAGGUUUUUGGGUUCAAUCGUGAACUGGGGUUCGCCAUUUUGGAGGUUUUAAGGUUUGGAAUUGAUUGCAGCUGUCUUAAGAAGGACACCAAUUCAUCGAAAAUGGCGAACAGCAUAGCCUGGAGCUGAGCCUGAGAGUUGAAAGUUGAAAGUUUGGAGAUGGAAAUAGAAAAAGAAAUAGAGCAGAGGAUCGCACGGUGGAAAGAGCAGGAGGACACCACGCCGCUGGUUUGGGUGGCGGAGAUGGCGAAAUGCAUAGUCUCCCAUGGAUUGGGACUGCCCAGUGUUGAGUUAGGGCAGGUGCUCGUCUCCCAUCUCUGCUUCCGUACCAAUCAACCAUCACUCUGGAAGUUUCUACAGCAUGCGUUCUCUUCCCGCCUCCUUUCUCCCCUCCAUGUCCUCUCCUUACUCACCUGCAGAGUCAUUCCUUUCCGACACUCUCAACCAGAGGCAUAUAGGCUUUAUGUUGAGCUUCUCCGCCAGUAUGCAUUAUCAUUUGACCCAUCUGUUCCUGAUACUUGUAAACAACAGAUUGUAGAUUCUGUUGAUGUUACCCUCCAACUUUCUCAGAAUUAUGGAGUCCAUGUUGUGGAGCUUGGCCAUGCUUUUGUCUUCUUCUUUUCAACUAUUGUCACUGCCUUGAUUGACUGCAUAUUGGAUGAUUGGGGAUUACGAAUGACUUCUUUAGAUGCCCAAAAUGGAGCAGUUGGGACUGGAAGCAUGGAUCAUCAUCCAAUUGACACAGACACUGGAGGAGUUUAUCAUAUUGAAAGAGACAAACAACUUGAACAGAUGAGAUGGAAGAAUUCUUUUUUGGCUAUAGAGGUCUUAGGACAACUAACAGAGAGUCUAAGAGCUAUGGUUCUACUUAGGCUUGUGUAUCUCAACAUGCCAGAAAAAUUCAAUGACCUCCUGCAAAGGUUGCACUUUCUUGAAGCAAAUAAGUCGGCAUGCCCGAGUCUAACAUCUGCGAACCAAAUUUUGGCUAGACUAUUGGCCAACGUCAAGAGAAUUCCAAGUUUUGAGUACCAGUUAAAGAAACAUCGGCUCAUUGGAAUGCUGGUGGGUAAAGGAUCAUGCAAGCCAGUUUCUUGCUGCAAUUUUGGUUCUGGACAGUCUGCUUGUUGGGUGCCUUUUGAUAUUUACAUGGAGAAUGCUAUGGAUGGGAAGCAACUCUCUGUCAAAUCAGCUAUUGUUAUUCUCAGAGAAACAAUUUAUACACUCCGAGUAUUUAAUAGAGCAAGCUGGAAAGAGACCUUCCUAGCACUUUGGCUUUCGGCCCUUCGACUUGUGCAACGAGAGCGUGAUCCCCUAGAAGGCCCUAUUCCACAUCUUGAGGCUCGUCUUUGCAUCCUUCUGUCUAUUGUGCCCUUGGCAAUUGCUAAUGUCUUUGAGGAUGAGGCGAAAUUGCAAUCCUCUUCUUCUCAGGAAUCUAGGUAUGAGGAUGGAAUGGGUGAAAAGGGCUGUGAUGCAACAAAAUCGGGAUUGAUUUCUGCUCUCCAGCUGCUUGGAAACUUUUCCGGGCUUCUAAGCCCUCCAGCAUCCAUCACGGCUGCAGCUAAUGCUGCUGCUGCAAAAGUUUCCAGCUUCAUUUUAAAGAACCGCAGGGAUGGUAGAAAUAGUGGUAGUCCUAUUGAAACUUGCUUAAAUGCAGGUGGCAACAUGAGGCACCUCAUUGUGGAAGCUUGCAUUGCGAGAAAUUUGAUUGACUCAUCAGCAUAUUUUUGGCUUGGUUAUGUCUCUUCUUCAAUGGUCUCGUCUGAAUUAUCACCAAUUAAGAAAUCUCCUUGGACUACUUUUAUGGAAGGAGCUCCACUUAGUGGUCAUCUAGUAAAUUCUCUUUUAACAACUCCUGCUUCAAGUUUAGCGGAGAUAGAGAAACUAUAUCACAUUGCAUUGCAUGGGUCAGUCGAGGAGAAGUCGGCAGCUGCAAAGAUUCUAUGUGGUGCAUCCCUUAGCCAGGGAUGGAAUGUUCAGGAACAUGUGGUACACUUUGUUGUCAAACUUCUUUCUCCUCCUGUGCCUCCUGGUUAUGUUGGACCAAGGAAUCACUUGAUUGACCAUAUGCCAAUGCUGUGUGCUGUUCUGUUUGGAGCUUCCUCUAUUGACACUGUCCAUAUUCUCUCUUUACAUGGAGUGAUACCUGAAGUUGCAGCUUCUCUCAUGCCACUUUGUGAGACAUUUGGAUCGCUCGUACCUACACCAUGUAGCAAAUCAAGUACAGGUGAUGAGCCUUCAAUUUACAUGGUUUUCUCAGCGGCAUUUCUCUUUCUCCUUCGUUUGUGGAAAUUCUACAAACCUCCUCUUGAGCUAUGCACGACUGGAGGAGUAAUGGGUGGUGAGCUUACUUUGGAGUAUCUCUUGUUAUUGCGAAAUAGCCGCAUUGCCUCACAAAAUUUUGCUACUCAUGAUGAAAUGGAUAGCAACUCGGAGCAGUUAGAAUUUGCAUCAAACAAGCCCAUAUACAUUGAUUAUUUUCCAAAGUUACGAGCUUGGUAUUGUCAAAACAGAUCAUGUAUUGCUUCAACGCUUUCUGGGCUUUGUAGUGGAAACCCUGUUCAUGAAGUUGCUAAUAAGAUUUUAAGUAUGAUUUAUCGAAAAAUGGCCGAAAGUGGGGCCUCACAAGGUGAUUCUGCAACGCCAUCAAGUAGCAGCAUUUGUGGUUCCCUUGCAAGUUCCAGGGAAGAUGUUUAUCAGAUACCUAUGCUUUCUGCAUGGGAUGUGUUGGAAGCCACUCCUUUUGUUCUCGAGGCAAUUUUAACUGCCUGUGCCUAUGAAAGGCUUUCAUCUCGAGACGUCACAACAGGCCUGAGGGACCUUGUUGAUUUCUUGCCCGCAUCUGUUGCUGUUAUUAUUAGCUAUUUCUGUGCUGAAGUUACUCGUGGUAUAUGGAAACCAGUUCCAAUGAAUGGAACAGAUUGGCCUAGUCCAGCAGCUUAUCUUCCAUUGGUUGAGUCUCAAAUGAAAGAAAUACUUGCUACUGCUGGUGUUCAUGUUCCAAGCUAUUCCUUGGGAACUUCUGUAAUGCUUCCACUGCCAAUUGCAGCUCUUGUUAGUUUAACUAUUACUUUCAAACUUAACAAGAGCUUGGAGUACAUCCACGCCGUUGUUGGUCCAGCACUAGAGAACUGUGCAUCAAGUUGCCCCUGGCCUAGCAUUACUAUAAUUGGUUCUCUUUGGGCUCAAAAAAUUCACCGUUGGCACAACUUCAUUGUUGUAUCAUGUUCUCGCUCAAUUUUCAGGCAAAACAAAGAAGCAAUUGAACAGCUCUUGAGAAGUUGUUUUACUUCAUUUUUGGGAUCUAACAAUUCAACAUUGUCAACCAAUCAAAGUGGUGUGAAUGGUUUACUAGGUAGCAUUAUUGCAACAGCUGGUGUUUGUCCUUCCAUAGCUCCGGGGUUUCUAUAUCUUCGGUCUUGUAGGACAAUACAAGAUGUGCAGUAUGUGAAUGAUGUGAUUGUAAAAUUGGUGGCUGAGUAUGCUAGGGAAUCAGCUGCAAGAUGGACAUGCAAAGACACCCGCAACUUGCGGUCUAGCAAUUCAUCAUUGUCGUUUGCUGUUGACAGUGCAAGGGAGGUGGCAAUGCUUGGUGCUAGCCUUUUAUGUGUGUCAGGUGGGUUUCAACUGGUCCAAGAACUGUAUCAAGAAACUAUAUUGACCUGGUUGCUUUCAUCUAGAGGAGAAAAACUUGGUAACGUGAGUUCUGUUACCUGUAUAGUGGAAGGUUAUGCAAUGGCAUAUUUGUUGAUGAUGUCAGGGUCACUUGCAUGGUGUGUUGGAGCGAAAGCACCAUCAUGGGCAAUCUCUAAACGAGCAUGUGUGGUUGGGGUCCACAUGGACUUCUUGGCAAGGGUUUUGGAGGGACACAUAUUGCUUGGUUGCGACCCGGCCACUUGGAGGGCUUAUGUCUCUUGUUUGGUUGGUUUAAUAGUGAACUGUGCUCCUGCAUGGAUUCAACAAGUGAAGCUAGAGACAUUGCGAAAACUAGCCAAGGGAUUGAUAGGAUGGCAUGAAUAUGAGCUGGCUUUAUCUCUCCUUGAAAGAGGUGGGAUUUCUGCCAUUGAAUCUGUAGCUGAACUAGUAAAUGUAAUUUAUUGAAGAUGGAAUCUAAGAUCUUUCAUAUGCAAAAUUAAAGAGUACGAAUGUGACGUUUGGAGUUCAUUGUGCGUA